AUCCGCUCUUCUGAGACGGGGCCGCGUGUGUAUAUAUAAGACCCAAGCACCCUUUCCCCACUCUGAAUUUUCACUCGAAAUAUCCCCUCUUAUUUCUAUCAUAUCAUACUGCUCGUAUCUGUUUCCGCAAAACCCUAGAAAAAUGUCCGGCGGGUUCUUCCGGGGCACGUCGGCCGAUCAGGACACUCGGUUCUCCAACAAGCAAGCUAAGCUCAUGAAGUCGCAGAAGUUUGCUCCUGAAUUGGAUAAUUUGGUGGAUAUAACGAAAGUGAAGAUGGAUGUUAUGAAGCCAUGGAUUGCUAAUCGAGCCACGGAGCUGCUGGGGUUUGAGGAUGAAGUGCUUAUUAAUUUUAUUUAUGGGCUUUUGGAAGGGAAGGUUGUUAACGGGAAGGAAAUACAAAUUCAGUUGACGGGGUUUAUGGAAAAGAAUACUGGUAAGUUUAUGAAAGAGCUUUGGACCCUCCUUCUCAGUGCAGAGAAGACUGCAAGUGGUGUUCCUCAACAAUUUUUAGAUGCGAAAGAAGAGGAAGUUAAGAAGAAGAAGGCGGAGUCAGACUGGGAAAUACAAGAACUUCAGAAAAGGAAAGAGAAGGAGGCUCGGGAACGUGAGCAGGAGAAAAUGGAUAAGAUGGACGGCAAGGUUGACAACUUUGUGAGAGCUGAUAAUGAUGCAUUGAACACAACCUCGAGGCAGCGUCAGCCUAGGGACUCCAGUUCAAGGCUGUCAGCAGAUGAAAAGGAGGCAAAUGGGAGGAACGGUUUUAGGGGAAGAAUCAGGGGGACACCUUCAAGGUCAAAUAGCGGGUCUUUUUCUAAUUCUAGGAGUCGCUCAGAUGACAGGCACAGGUCUAGGAGCAUAUCAGGACCUCCUAGCAACAGACGUUCUGAUUCUGCUGAAGCUGUGCGUCGCUCUCCAGGGGGCCACUCCCCACCACCUGAUCGCAGGGUUUCACCUCAGCGAUCUCCAAGGCGAAGAACUUCUCACUAUAAGGAAAGAUCUAUCUCCCCUUUAGGUCGCAGAUCAGUUUCACCUAUAGGACGUCAGCGGCGCAGAUCACGAUCUCCUGUGCGGCGCAGAUCACGAUCUCCUUUGCGACGCAGGUCACCAGUGCGCUACAGAUCACGUUCUCCUAUUCGACGUCGUUCUCGUUCUCCUAUUCGGCGUCGUUCUCGUUCUCCUUUACGACAUCGUUCUCGUUCACCUGUCCGGCGUCGUUCUCGUUCACCUGUCCGGCGUCGUUCUCGUUCUCCUGUCCGACGACGUUCUCGUUCUCCUGUUCGGCGUCGUUCUCGUUCUCCUGUCAGGCGUCGUUCUCCUGUCCGGCGUCUGUCUCGUUCUCCUGUCCGGCGUCUAUCUCGUUCUCCUCUGCGGCGUCUGUCUCGUUCGCCGCUGCGACGUCGGUCUCGUUCACCUAUCCGGCGGCGGUCUCGUUCGCCUAUCCGGCGUCGGUCUCGUUCGCCUAUCCGACGUCGUAGGUCUCCUUCUCCUGUACAGAGCCGAUCACCUUCUCCUGUAAGAAGUCGAUCAGCUUCACUUUCCCCUGUACGACGUCGAUCCCCUUUAAGACGACGUCGAAGAUCUUCCUCCAGUCCAAGUCACAUGUCUCCUUCUCCAGUUCAGCGCAAGCUACCUACCCAAAGGAGAUCAGCGACUCCUGUUUCUCUGUCUUCUUCACCUCAAGAGUUGAGUCCUCAUUCUCCUGUUCGCCAGGCUCCGAGUUUACGACGUAGGAGAUCACCGGAACAUCAGAGAUCCCCUGUGGAACCUCUGCAAAACAGAAGCAGAACCCAGGAGCAGUCUUCUCCUGUUCGUCGAACAACUCCAAGAGAGGUUGCUGGACGUUCUCCUGAGACAGGUAAAGGAAGCACUUUGGAGAGCCGAGCUCAUACAUUGUCCCAGAGAGGUCGAAGUGGUCGGAAUAUCUCGCAUCGAGGAGUGUUGUCUUCGUCUCCUCCGCUGUAUUCAUCAUCUGGCUCAGAAUCACCUCCACCUUCUAGAAUGAAGAGUCUUAGCGGAGACAAGAGUAGUCCGCUCGUGAGUCCUCAAAGGGAACCAGUCAUCAGACUUAGUCCUCCGCGGAAAGCAAAAGUGCAUACAAAUAUUCCUGUAAGUCAAAAGGGGGAAGAGGAUAUGCUUUCUAGCGAGUCUGAAGAUACAAAAAGGAAAGCUUCUGGGAAAAAGAUGACGCAUUUAUCAACACCUGAUGAACUUAAACUUUCAGCUCCGAGCAGAAUGGCGAGAACAGUUGAAGAGAGGAAGAGUAAAGGCUCGGAUGAUUCUGACUAUGGUGCUACUGAAAAGCUUAGAGCUGAAGGUUGUGAAAAGAGAAAGCACAAAAAAUCUAAAAGGCAAGACUCAGAUGACGGUAAUAGCUCUGAUUCUCAACUAGAAGGGAGGAAGGAGGCUAAGAAAAGAAGGAAGGAGGAUAAAAAACUGCGGAGAGAAGAGCGACGUAGGCGACGGGAGGAACGGCGUCGCAGAAAGGAGAAAAGGCGUGCAGAAAAGAUAAAAUCGAAAGCAGGGGGCACUGUUUCUCCACCCUCAGAUUUUCAGGAAAAUCAACAGGGCUACACUUCUGAUGGUGGACGUGCAUCGAAAAGGGAUUCACGCUUUGUAGACAGUGAAGAGCAGUCUGAGCAAAAGAAACUAGAAAUUGCACUCCGUGAAAAGGCUAUUGAAACGCUCAGAGCUAAAAAGGGCGCUGGGCAUUAAAUUCGUUUCCCCUUUAAAGAUAUUCAAAAUUUUCUGUUUUUCUUGAAAUCUGCAGUUAUACUCUUUCAAGUUUGGAUGUUAUAUUAGAACUUCACAUUUAAUGGUUUGAAUGAGUGUAUUACUGAUACAUGUUUAAUUUAGCCUAUGUUUACUGCUGACAGCUGAAUGGAUAAAUGAGGAUUUCCUGAGCUAUGUGUCUUGAGUGCAUCUUUAUGCUGACCUUCCUGCUAGAUUUUCUGAUGAAAGUUGUUUUCAACUAGAUGACUUGGUUGGGCAGAUCUUGUGCAGAUCCAUGUUUUGUGCCUCAAAUCAGGGUGAUCAGGAAUGGCCAAGCAAUAUAAUUAAUUGAAUAUGGGCGAAAGGUGAUCCGAACCGAGAGUUUGGUUUGUUGUUUUGUGUUAAGCACCCAGUUACAUUACAGCCUGCUUGUUGGAUCUUUAAUAUGGAUGUCAUAGUGUUACCUGGUUUAGAAUAGCACAUAUUGGGUAGUUCAUAUUAGUUUGUAUAAAUGUUGUAGGUCAUGUGGUGUUGAUCUGUCAGACUUAUUCUAUGUAUUCUUACCUCAUGAUAUUUGGGUAUGCUAAUCUUACAUUUAGAGUAA